GUAGUUGAACGCGGCGCGCGCGCAGGCCACUCGUGUAGUAGAAGCGAAUCGCUUUUUCGAAUCGAAAUCCGAAUCAGAGGAAAUCGCUUAGUGUUGCAUCGAGUCCUGGUGCCGGCCUGCACCCCACACCCCGAUGUGCUCCCAGUAACCCCUGCCUCCCAAUAAGAUGUGUUUGUUAGUUAUUCCUGUCAGAGUGGACAUGUCAUUAUCGAUACAGUAGAACUAACUAGUGUGUUAAGGUGCGCCGUUGUCCUGCUGCGAAAUGAAUUACAACCUAUUAUGGAUUGUCCUUCUGAUCCUAUCAAGUUACACGGCAUCGUUACCGGUACCGAACCAGUACGAUUUGAGCGUCAUCGGCCUCGACCAUGAAUCUAUGAAUAAUUCUCCAAAAUUGCCGAGGUAUGAAGAUUCACCUGGUUCCUCGGAUGAGAAAGUUAUAUCAGUAAGAAUAACAUCAUCAGUGGCCGUCGGUCGUGGCAAACCUAUGUAUAGAUACCCCAGCGGUGAGGUAAAAGAACCUGUGCGCAAUGAUGAUCAGCCUAAAGUUUCUGUCUCAGAAACACAAACUCAGAACACAAUGACCAAAAUUGAUGAGUUGAUGCAAACAGGAACUACAAGUCUACCGCCAAAUCUAGUAGGCGCUAAUAUAGAAUAUUUAAAACAAUUAAAUGCGAAAAAAGAAUCAAGAGAACACAAUUCAGGUCAAAUGUACCCGAUGAUGUUACCGAUCGACGAAAACCAUAACGACGACGAACCCUUGAGAAAAACAGACGAAUACGAAGAAAGUAUCCUUGAUGUACCACUUGCUAGAAAAGUACCAUCGACAGCGGAUGCUAACAGAUUUGAAGAUCAGAAAUCUAUUCAAAGAUUCAGAAAUGCAGAAAUUAACUCACCGGUCGAAUCCUAUCUUCAAAACCAACAUAAUGACACAACAAGAGCGGCAUUGUUUCAACCUUCCAUGGAACUCGUAUCAGAAAGUAGUAGUAAAGAUGAUCAAAACGUGACAAAUGUUACAACUAUUGACGAUCCACAAACUGAUCGUAAAGAAACUAGAGAUACAGAUCUGUUAACUGCAAUUAGAUCUUUUACGUCUGAUAAUAAGAAUGAUCAAAAUGACGACUCUGUAGCUGAACCAUCUAUAAAGUCAGUCGAAUUUGCGAAAUAUAACGAAGGAAUAGAAAACAUACCACCGACAGCUACUAUGUUGCCAAGCCACUCCCCAAAUAACCUUCAAGGUUUGACAAAUAGACCGCUAAUUGAUGGACGAAAUAACCCAAGAUUAACCACAGUUAGUUUUAAUGUUGUACACGAUACACCCAAAACCACUAAUGACAACGAACCUAGUACCUCGUACAUAACUUCGAGUCAAGUGAUUAAUAAUCCAAAACAAUUUUAUGAUCCUCCCAAAAUUUACAGCCAACCGGCACAAAUAUAUAGUGAACCAGCUAAAUUUUACAGUGAACCAGCUAAAGUAUACAGUGAGCCAGCUAAGAUAUAUAGUGAGCCGGCUAAAAUAUACAGUGAACCUGCCAAAGUUUAUAGUGAACCGUCCAAGUUUUACAGUGAACCUGCUUCUUUACACCUUAAUGAAAACGUUCCUUCAAGCAUACCUCCUAACUACUCUCCGUGGCAAAGACAACCCCAAACGCCCUUUGGUAGCAGCACAGUAAAUACCACACCAAUAAGUACUGUUACUAAUGCAUUUCAACAACAGACUACCUUAGAGCAUCAGCCGGAGAAAAACUACGAAGUUGACGAAAAAGUGAGCGUGUUAACAGACGGACGUAGCCACGGCGUGCAGCCAGAUACGAGCACUGAGAAGUGUAAACAAGACAACUGUAAAGUAGGAUACGUUCUCGAAGGACGGCAGUUUAAGAAGUAUAGAGUAGAAGAAAGAACUCCAGAUGGGUUCAUAGUUGGGGAAUACGGGGUGGUGAGAAACGAGGACGGCGCGCUACGCGGCGUGCGCUACACGGCCGACAGCGAUGCCAGUCCGCGGCUCAUACACGACGCACUCAUGAAGUUCCUACAGCUCACAUAGUUAAUACUCACUCUUCUGGUCCGAAUCCAAAAUAAACGCACACAUAACUUACUUGCUCAUUUAAUUAAGUACUUACAUCAAAUAUCAUAAUUAUAUGAAUAACCAACAAUAAAAGUACAUUUUAACAGUUUACUAUUAUAAAGACUGAAUGAUUAAAUAUAUAAUGCAAAUCCAUAUGUUCCACUUUAGUACCUUCAACUUGUAUUAUGUUCGGAAAAUCACUUAAAACGAUCAUAAAACAAAAUGUCAAACCUCUGUGUCUGCCCCAUUCGAUGGACUAAGUUUUUUUUAGAUUUGAACAUAAAGAGCAUGGUCUAUAAAAUAUUGAAAAAUAACGUCAUGUUUUAUGGACCAACUAGUGUUCUAUUAGGUGCAACUGUACUUUAGUAUCUUGCUUCCAGAAGAUGUAAUAAAUAAAUUGUAUGUAAAUUAUUACGGUGCAUUGGGAGGUGACCACAUACUCGUAGUUGUAAUUAAAGCAUAGAAAUAUAAUAAAAAGAAACUCUCGAUGUUUUCUUAAUAUGUAUGUACUACUUAAUUCAUAAUUCUGGUGCCAUGUAUCCUCUGUACACGAAUUUAUUAAUACUUGUCGCAGUUGUAGCCUCGCUGUCGCUUCUAUGUUAACUUAAUCAAUUAUUGUAAAUAAAUAGGUAAGGAUACACAAUUAUGAGAUAAAUAUUAUUGAUGAACGAACAUG